GCAAGUUGUUCCGUCGUGGCAUGCAUCCUCACUCAAAUGGCUGCCGAGUACGUGGAAGAGUUGUGGUUCCCAUUCGAAUUUCGGUUCCUAUCUUCAACUUGAUCCCUCAUCAUGCCUUCCUCGCAGCCAGUGUUCUCGACGCCUCUGACGCGCCUCUUCAAGAUCAAUCAUCCCGUCAUGCUUGCAGGCAUGAGUGUUGCUGCAGGGCCCAAGCUAGCUGCAGCAGUGACCAAUGCUGGUGGCAUUGGUGUCAUUGGGGGAGUUCGCCUGAGUCCCAAGAUACUCCAGCAAACCAUUGAUGAACUCAAGAGCUAUCUGGAAGACAAGAACGCACCAUUUGGCGUAGACCUCUUACUUCCUCAAGUGGGCGGUAAUGCACGGAAGACGAAUUAUGAUUACACGAACGGUCAACUCAACGAGCUGUUGGACAUCAUUAUAAACAGCGGGGCUGCACUUUUCGUUUCUGCUAUAGGGGUUCCACCCAAAGAAGCUGUUGACAAGCUUCAUGCUGCUGGGAUCCCGGUCAUGAACAUGAUCGGUCACCCAAAGCAUGCCAGGAAAGCCCUCGAGUUAGGUAUUGACAUCAUUUGCGCGCAAGGUGGUGAAGGAGGUGGCCACACUGGCGACACUCCAUUCUCCAUCCUGAUACCAGCAACCGUCGACCUUUGCAAGAAUGCCAAAAGCCCUUUAACAGGUGAGCCAGUCGUCGUCGUCGCUGCUGGGGGUAUCGCGGAUGGCCGUGGUCUUGCUGCCGCACUUUCCUACGGUGCAUCCGGUGUUUGGGUUGGCACGCGCUUUGUCGCAAGUGCCGAAGCAAGUGCCCCGCCGAAACACAAGGAACAACUUAUCUCAGCUGGUCAUGACGACACCAUCCGUACUCUCAUAUAUAGCGGUCGUCCGUUAAAUGUGCGGAAGACUCCUUAUGUUGCAGACUGGGAGACCCGGCGACAAGGGGAAAUUGCAGAGCUUGUCGCGCAGGGCAAGAUCCCGCAUGACGUCGAACUACAAACACAUCCCGAAAAAUCUCUAGAGGGACGAAUGUGGUUGAUGGGUAAGGUCGCAGGAUCCAUCAACGAUAUCAAGCCAGCGAAGGAGAUUGUCGAUGAGCUAGUUGCAACAGCAGCUGCGAGCUUGAAAACAGCUUCAGCUCUCAUGACAAGCAAAGCAAAGUUAUGAGUGGCGAUUUACCUGGACACCUCUACAAGUCGAGUCGUAUCGUAAGAAUAAGGUCCACAGUAAUUCCCAUCUGCGCGGCCUCACAUGAACAUCGAAUUAUCAUUAUUAUUGCAGUGGCAUGCGUCGCUGUAGGAUCUUUGUUUUCUUUAUACCUCGAACAC